AGGGUACAACAUCAUCCCGAUUUAUCAUGUUCAAAGUCGGUACUGGAGGCGAAAUUCAUCACUCGCACCAGAAAGAGCACAAGCAGAUCUAUCCCCAACAGGGAUGGGUUGAGCAUGACCCAGAAGAAAUCUACAAGAAUUGUGUUGAUUGCAUUGAGAACUGCAUUGAGCAUUUGGACGAACCAUCUCAGCUCAAGGGUUUCGGUAUCACCAAUCAGCGUGAGACCACACUGGUGUGGGAUAAGAACACCGGAAAGCCUCUUCACAACGCUAUCGUCUGGCUGGACACGCGUACACAAUCUGUGUGCAACGAGUUCUCUGAUCGUAAUGCUUUCAAGUACAUCUGCGGUCUUCCCGUCUCCACGUAUUUCUCAGGAAUGAAGCUCAAGUGGAUGAUCGACAAUGUACCCGCAGUAAAGUCAGCUCUGGAUGAAGGCACCGGAUUGUUCGGUACUAUCGACUCCUGGUUGCUAUGGAAGCUCACCGGUGGACCCGAUGGCGGUGUCCACGCAACGGAUGUUACUAAUGCAUCCCGAACCAUGCUUAUGAACAUCCACACUGGUCAGUGGGAUAAGGAUAUGUGUGAAGUACUCGGUGUACCGAUGUCUUGCCUACCCGAGAUACGCUCUUCAUGCGAGACAUAUGGCCACUACAAGUCAAAGGGCCCUCGUGAGUUCAGCAUGCCUAUCUGCAGUAUCCUAGGUGAUCAGCAGGCGGCUUUGGUUGGUCAGGGAUGCUUCAAGGAAGGCCAGAGUAAGAACACAUACGGAACCGGAUGUUUCUUCAUGUCGAACGUUGGUGAGAAGCCCGUGUUCAGUAAGAACGGUCUACUUACCACUGUCGGCUACAAGGCCGGACCAAACAAGCCUAUGUGCUACGCGUUGGAGGGUUCCGUUGCCGUAGCAGGAGCGUGUGUGCAAUGGCUAAGAGACAACUUGCAGAUCAUUGAAGGCGCCCCCGAGGUCGAACUAUACGCUUCUGAAGUAGAGGACACCGGUGGUAUGUACUUUGUCCCCGCCUUCUCCGGUCUGUUCGCCCCCCACUGGCGCGAGGACGCCCGUGGUGCGAUGGUAGGCAUGACCAUGUACACCAAUAAGAGGCACGUGUGUCGCGCCGCCAUCGAGGCUAUCUGCUACCAGGUGUCCGAUGUUAUCGAUGCUGCCGAGGCUGACUCAGGUAUCCGUAUCACCAAGCUGAAGGUCGAUGGAGGUGCCGCAGCCAACAACCUGAUGAUGCAGUUCCAAUCCGAUCUCCUAGAAGUUGAGGUUGUACGACCCAAGAUGUUGGAGAUCACUGCUCUCGGUGUCGAGUUCUUUGCCGGUCUAUCGCUAGGCAUCUACAAGGAUUUCAAUGAGCUGCUUGAAAUUGCUGACAACGCCGGUCGCAACUUCCACCCAACAAUGACCGAAGAGGUGCGUAAGGUCAAGAAGACCGGUUGGAACAAGGCCAUUGAGAAGAGUUUGGGCUGGGUCGAUGACGAGACCAAGGCCAAGGCCGAGGAACUUUAGUUAAAUACAUGUGGUCACCACGUGUGUAAAAUCCCGGGGUUAGCGCGAUAGCACGAUCCGCUACUUGGGAGCACUUAUCCUCAGUAAGAAUAAGACUAGUAAUAAAGAACCAUCCACACUAACUAUCCUUGUCCCAACUCAGUAAGAAUUAGACUAGUAAAAAACAUCCACAC